AUGGACCUCUUUGAAGUCCGGACGGCAGUGGAGCGGUUCGUCUGCGAUCUGAAUGACAUUCGCCGCCGCGCAGAAGAGCGGGAAAUUGCUGCUAAGCGCGACCUGGAUCAAGAGGCACCGGCACUCCAAAGAAAGAUCAGUGCCCUGCGCAAGCUAAAGACACAGCUAAAAGAGGAACUGAAUGCGCGUCAACAAAAAGGAUAUGAUGAUGCCCGCCAGCGACUGGCAGAGAUCGAGAAGGCUUACGAU